AUGAUCACUUUAAAGAAUGUAGAGGCUACCCUUCAAAGACUGGAAAAGUAUGGCAUAAGAGUCCGCAAAGACAAGUGUGAAUUCUUACAGCCUUCUGUUGAAUAUUUGGGACACAUCAUUGAUGCUAUGGGUCUUCAUGAUGUCCCUGGAAAAGUGAAGGCUACUGAGGAGACUCCAACUCCUCAAAAUAUUAGUCAGCUUUGCUCAUUUCUAGGACUAUUGAACUAUUAUGGAAAGUUCAUUUCACAGUUAGCCACACUGUUAAAACCACUUCAUGGACUCCUGGGGCAGAAUGAGGCCUGGAAGUGGACUGAAGCCUAUGAUGUUGCAUUUAACAAAACUAAGGGUGUGCUGCUAAAUUCGGGAAUUCUGAUGCACUUUGAUCCACUCUUACCUCUACAGUUGGCCUGCAAUGCCUCCCUUAUGGAGUAG